ACAAGAUUCUCAUUUCAUCUGUUGGCUUCAAGACUUCACAGCCUACUGAGGAGAUAACAAUGCAGAAGAAAGAGCUCAUGCCGUACUGGAACCUUACUGUCACAGUUUUGCGAGGGAAAUUCAAUAAUUCAUAUGAUUUAAUGUCUAAAUGUGACUGCUUCGUCGUCUUGAAAUUACCCACAGCCUGUGCUUGCUGCCAUCACACCCAAACUGUCAAAGACAGCAAUGAACCAAAAUGGGAUGAAACCUUCAGUUUCAGAGUACACAGCGGUGUCAAGAACAUUUUGGAAUUCCACAUAUAUGAUGCUGACCAGUUUUCGAAAGAUGACUUAUGCUCCACCGUUCUCUUUGACAUCAGCAAUCUCACACUUGGACAAAAGCAGACAAAAUGCUUCUUUUUUGAUGAUAAGAUAAAGAAUGAGUUGUGGGUGGCUUUUGAGAUGACAGUGAGCUCUGAGAAUCCUGAGCCGUACCUCUCUAAUGGAGUUUUGAUGGCCGGUCCAUUCUGUGCUCUGGAUGUGAAGGUGGAAAAUCUUCUCAAAACAACUGUGAAAAAGAACCUGAUCUUAAAACUGAGAGGCGCAUUUAAGGAGGACUGUAUGAUUACAGGUUUUCAAGAAAACCCCAGCUGCACACAGACUAUGCGAUAUUACAUCAACCGAGACCUGGAGACUGAAUUUAGUCUCAUCACAUCAAAAGAAAAAACUGAUGAUGCAAGUCAAAAUACUUUGGACAUUGUGUCCUCUGUCCCUAUGAAAUUGCCUUCAGCCAAACAUCAGAUUAAUCUCUCCAUUCCUGCUGGAGAGGAUAAAGUAAAUCUGCAACUAAGCACAGAGGAUCGCCCAAAAGAAAAUUUUGACGUACGUCUGGGUUUUGAUAUUCCAAUGGAAGAAAAAAACUUUCUGUUGAAGAGGAGAAAAGUCAUGUCACAGGCACUACAGAGAGCUCUGAAACUCACCUCUCCACCAGAGCCCAGCAAGGUCCCUUUGGUGGCUGUGGUGUGUUCAGGAGGUGGAUCCAGAGCAAUGACUGGCACAUAUGGGAGCCUUAGAGCACUUCAAAAACUCCAGCUUCUUGAUGCGGUCAGCUACAUCACAGGAGUUUCUGGCUCAACUUGGACUAUGGCCUCUCUUUACGGUGAUGCUAACUGGUCAAACAGUGACCUAAACGAGGUUAUGGAGUCUGUAAAAAAGGAGAUAUCUAAAAGUGUGUUCAGUGUAUUUUCCCUUGAACAGCUAAGGCACUACAAAGAGAAGAUGGAAGAGAGAGAGAAAGAAGGACACCUUGUUUCCCUCAUUGACAUGUGGGGUCUGGCUAUAGAGUAUCUCGUCCAGGGGAAGAAUAAAAUGGCUACACUAUCUGACCAGCAGAGAGCACUAUCAAAGGGACAGAACCCUCUUCCCAUCUACACAGCUCUCAACAUGAAGAAUGGCAAGAUAGGAAGUACCAUUGAGCCUGAAUUAUGUGAGUUCACCCCGUACGAGGUUGGAUUUACCAAGUAUGGUGCCUUCAUACCUGCACAAAACUAUGGGAGUGAAUAUUACCUCGGACACAUGGUCAAGAAACUCCCUGAACCUGGGGUAUACAAUUUAUUGGGAAUAUGGAGUAGUGUCUUUUCUGUGAGUCUGACUCAGCUUUGGAGUUGUAUCACUGGAGUGAUUCCAUCCUGGGCCCACAAGAUUGGAGAAGAAGUGAACAACACAGACACAGAUAAUAUACCAUCAACUUUGGACACGCUCCAGGUCAGCCCCAUGACGAAUUUAGCAAAAAUGAUCAGCAACUUUCUGACCUGCCGCCCCGUUAUCAGCCAAGUGUACAAUUUCCUGAGAGGCUUUUAUCUGCACAGGAACUACAGUGAGAACUCUGACUUUACAGCAUGGAAGGAAACACACCCAGAUGCCUUCCCUAACUCCCUGACACCAGCAGACACCAAACUUGGUCUGGUGGACUGUGCUGUGGCCCUCAAGUCAUCAUUCCCUCCUGUGCUACGCUCUCAGAGGCGUGCGGAUGUCAUUCUGUCUCUAAACUACUCUUGGGACCAGGACCAGUGUAAGAUCCUAAAGCAAACUGAGGAUUACUGCAUUGAUCGGAAGAUUCCAUUUCCAAAGAUUGAUUUUAAAAAGAUAGAGUCAGAACCAAAGAAGGAAAUAUAUGUGUUUGAGGAUAAGGAUAAUCCAGAGGCUCCCAUAGUGAUUCACUUUCCCUUGGUCAACUUAACAUUCAAAGAGUUCACCGCUCCUGGAGUGAAAAGAGUGGGUAAAAUGGAGAUGAAGGAAGGAAAUUUUGAUGUUGACUUCACCAGUAGCUCCUGUCCAUUCGCCACUCACAAACUUACCUAUUCUCCUGAGGACUUCCAGAAGCUGGCAAGCCUCACCACCUACAACAUUCUAAACAACAAAGACAUAAUUCUGAAUAUACUGAACAAAUCACUUAAGAGAAACAUGGAGAGAGUUCCUGUUACAAAGAUGACAAAAUCCUAAAUAGAGACUCAGAAGUGUUGAGCAGCAUGUAGAAUUCAUAUAGGUACACUUCACAACACUGGUGAGCAGUUUUCCAACCAACAUUGUUAAAAGUGCACUCUGUAUUUUUUCCAACAUUAAAACAAGUUUUACACAUAAAUAAAUGAAUGGCACUUUUAUAACAAGUACAGUUACAUUAGAUUAUUUCAGGCAUAUUAGAAGACUUUUAGAAACUGUUUUAUUGGGGGCUGCCAUAUUUAGAUCACAUGAUCAGCCGAAUACCGAUAACUUUUUAUCGGUUACACACCUAUUAUUCACUUUGACACUUUAGUUUGCAGAAUAAAUAAAUCAUGGCUGACUGCUGUUGUUUCUACAAUGCCUUCAGUUAUGGAAACUUACACCUUUAAACUAUGAUAGAUAUGUACGUUGAAUAUCAAAGUUUAUACAAUGGGGCUGUUAAGUGCUUGAUUCUGAUUGGUUAAUGGGUGUUCUAAGGUAACGGGUGUUCAAAAUAUCCUGGCUCUUCCAAGCUUUAUAAUCGGAAUGAAUGGUACCUUAGAUUUUGAAGCCCAAAAAAGAGCAUCAUCCAUCAAAAAGUAAUCUAUA